AUGCCCGACAAACACGAGGUUCCAGAGGUGUCGACCGAACCUGCCUCCGUUGAAUCAGACAAUUUGAUCAAUGCCUCUGGCCAUACUCAAGAAUUGUCUCGGAAUUUCAGUUUGAUUUCUCUGGCUGGGGUUGGUCUUGUUGUUGGCAAUGUCUGGCCAGCAAUCGGUGGUUCGAUCUUGGUUGCUAUCUUCAAUGGGGGUCCUCCAGGCGUUCUCUACGAGUUCAUUGUCGUGUCGGUCUUCUACUGGAUAGUGGCGGCUUGUAUCGCGGAACUCGCAUCUGCCAUCCCAUCUUCCGCUGGUGUCUAUCAUUGGGCCAGCGUUACUCCUGGAAAGAAAUGGGGUCGUGUUGUUGGAUUUUUUGCUGGGUACUGGAAUUGCUUGGCUUGGAUUCUUGGUGCCGCAUCCAUGACCUCCAUCUUUUCUAAUACUGUUGUUCAAAUGUAUGCGCUAAAGCAUCCAGAUUUUGUCUUGCAUUCGUGGCAUGUCUUCGUGACUUAUAUCAUUGUCACUUGGAUCGCCUGCCUCCUUGUCUGCUUCUUCAACACCGCCAUGCCUCACUUGAACAGCAUUGGCAUCUUCUUUAUUCUUGCCGGUUUCUUGAUCACCAUCAUUGUGGUCACCGUGAUGCCAGGCCAAUCGGGACACCCUGGACAUGCAUCAUCAUCGUUCGUUUGGACAGAGUGGACAGCAGAUAUCGGAUAUCCUGAUGGGUUUGUCUUCGUUGCCGGCAUGCUCAACGGUGCAUUUUCUGUCGGAACUCCAGAUACUACUAGCCAUCUUGCCGAAGAAAUCCCCUAUCCCCAACGCAACGUUCCAAUGGCGAUCGCCUGCCAAAUGAGCAUUGGAUUCAUUACUGGAUUCACCUAUCUAAUCGCCAUUCUCUACGCCAUUAACGACUACGAUGCUCUAUUCGAGUCUCCAUAUCCCAUCGCUGAAAUCUAUCGACAAGCCACCGGCUCCGCCAGCGGCGCCAUUGGCCUCUUGACCCUCGUUCUCAUUUGCAUCGGCAUCUGCGUCUGCGGUCUGUACAUCACCUGCGGUCGAACCCUGUGGGCCCUAUCUCGCGACGGAGCAACGCCCUUCCCGCAAUUUCUGAGCAAAGUCUCGCCUCGACUCGGUAUGCCGUUCAACGCCACCAUCGUCACUGCAGUCCUCGUGACCGUCCUCGGAGCGAUCUACGUCGGCAACACGACCGCAUUCAACGCUUUCGUCGGCUCUUUCGUCCUCCUGAGCUCCUCAUCCUACGUCGCCGCCAUCCUCCCCAACCUCCUCACCGGCCGUCGCAACAUCGAAGUCUACGGACCAUUCCAUCUCAAGGGAGCACUAGGUUUCAUCUUCAACACCAUCGCCUGCGCUUACAUGAUUGUUUGGUUCGUCAUUUACUGCUUUCCCUACGCACUUCCCACCGAUGCGCAGACCAUGAAUUACGCCUCUCUCCUGUGGGGUGGUUUUACCAUUUUUAUCGCGACCUGGUGGUUCCUCGGUGCCCGGAGGAAUUAUCAAGGUCCCCCGCUCGUGAGGGAUGGUGGUAACGUGAGUCUGGCUGAUACUCUGAAGAAGAUCGAUCCUCAGACUCGAAAGGCCAGUAUUAAGGGGGUUUAA